AUGAAAGAGGAUAUGGUUAUAGAGCGAAGUUCACAAGACUCUCUUCAAGUUACUCAAAGAUCCUCGCUGUUAGAUAGGAAGUAUAGUGGUCGUUUCACGUUCUAGAAAUCACAAGAGGAGGAACAACAAACACAAAUUUAAAGCAAUAGAAAUCGAAUCAAACAAUAACUAAAAUGCCAAUUGAAUGCAAUAAUCAAUAAACAAGUUUAACCCUUUUAUAUGCGUGAGGAGUAGUUGAUUGAAUUGGGUCGUAAAUUGGACUUGGAAAUAACCUCGAUCGAUGUUGACAAUAUUAUACUCAACACCAAGGAGUUUUUUGAAGAUUACGAAAUCCAUGAAAGAUUGGGAGAAGGAUGUUUGGGUUUAGUCAAACGAAUUGUCCAAAAAAAUACAGGCCUUGAAUUUGCUGUUAAAAUUGUAGCUACUUAAGAUGAUGAAAUUAUUCGCAAUAUGAUUAUUGAAUUUAAGAGACUAGUUGAAUUAUCCCAUGACAAUAUUGUCAAAGCUUACAAAAUGUACUUAGAUUUUGAAACUGGAUUUUAAUCAGAGAGCCAAGCAUUUGUCAUUAUGGAGUUGAUUAAAGGCAAAGAAAUGUUCGAAGUCAUCAACGAUUCUGGACAUUAUAGCGAAGCUGAUGCGAAGGAACUAUUUAAGCAACUCCUUAGUGCAAUCGAAUACAUGCAUCGACAUGGCAUCUGUCACAGAGAUCUUAAGCCAAAUAAUAUUUUAUGUCUAUAAGAUAGAAAGCAAAUUAAAGUUACUGAUUUCAAUGUUAGUAAAUUUAGUGACUCAUACAAACUUUUUGGAGACCUGCGGGACACUCAAAAAAUAGAAAUGUGGACAUAUACUGGCACCGUAGCUUUUUCGGCUCCUGAAAUAUUCACAGGAGAAGGUUAUAAUUAAAUGGUUGAUAUGUGGAGUGCAGGCUGUAUCCUUUAUUCGAUGCUUUCUGGUUAAUUGCCGUUUAAUGCAGAUUAUUUGUAUGAUCUUGUGGAAAAUAUUAAAGUAGCCAAAUAUGAUUUCCCAGAAGAAAUCUUUUCAGAAGUCUCUGCCGAUGCCAAGCAUUUAAUUUAGCAAUUACUGAGGAAGGAUCCCUAAGAGAGACCAUAUCCAGAUAAUGCUUUAGGGCAUUCUUGGUUUAGAGGCAAUGUAGUCAGGAAAACUCUAAGACACCUGACUAUUAAUAAAAAUAUUUGUCAUCUAUCAAACAAAAAUUCAAAUAAGUAACGAUAGAGAACAUUUCUAUUGAAAAAAGACUGUUAUACAGGGUCAAGUGAUGGAGAAGAUGAGAAUUCUUAUUACGAUGUUAAAAUUAAAACCUCCAUUAGAAAGAGUUUGUUUUACUACUUCAAACCUAUUCGAGAAUAGCAGUUAGACAUGGACUAAGUCAAAAGAACUGGUGGAUUCAUUGGCAAGUCCAAUACGAUUUAAAUAGAAGAUUUUAAAUAUAAUGAUUAAUAGUGA